GAAGCCACAGAACACUGCUGGGGACAGAAGAGAACCAUGGAGAUGUCUCUUCCAAUCAGUGCUCUGCUCCUGGGGAUUCUGGGAAUCUCUGGGAUGGGUGAAGCCGACUCAAGCUGUGGGGUGCCUUUGGUACGGAGCCGCAUCAUGGGUGGCCAGGAAGCACCUUAUGGGAAAUGGCCCUGGCAAGCGAAUCUGAGGAGGCCUGGCUAUUAUCCUUACUGUGGAGGAACCCUCAUUGGUGAGAAAUGGAUCCUCACUGCAGCUGCGUGCAUCCAUAGCAACACUAAAAGUUCUUUCCAAGUUUUUGUUGGAGACUACAAUCUCGACAAUACAGACAAGGGAGAACAGCCUGUUUCGGUUAAACGAAUCAUUAUUCAUCCUUCCUACCGUGAAGGGUAUCUCAAUGACAACAUCGCUCUCUUGGAGCUGGCCACAAAGGUGCAAAUGAAUAAAGUCACCCUGCCGGUCUGUCUGCCUGAUGCUAGUGUGACAUUCCCGGACGGCCAAAAGUGUUCUGUGACCGGCUGGGGUCAAAUAAUGGAUGGUGCUGACCCACCAAGUCCUAGGGUUCUGAGGGAAGUAGAAGUGAAAAUGAUGAGUAACGACCGAUGCAACACAUUAUUCAACAUUCCCGACGCCUACGGCCGCACAACUGCCAAUUUGACGGAUACCAUGUUGUGCGCAGGAUACGCCAAAGGCGGCAGAGACUCCUGCAAUGGUGAUGUUGGAGGGCCCUUGGUUUGUCCUAAAGAUGGCCGCUGGUAUUUGGCUGGUGUGGUGAGCGGAGGAGAUGGUUGUGGGAAGCCAAAUCGCCCUGGAAUCUACACUCGCGUUAGUUCCUAUAUUAAAUGGAUUACUGGAGUUGCUCCUGAAGUCACUGGGAAUGUGCUUAAUGUGAAAUAUUAGUGCAAAUCAAUGUUUAUUGGUUGUAAAUAACAAUAGAAUGAGUCCAUUGUCCCAACUUAUCCAGAAUCUGCCUUAUAUUCCUACCCACAGAUCCCAUAUCUUAUUUGCCAUUCUGCUAAUGUCUAAGCCAAUUCAUCACUAGAUUAUUUACAAGAAGGCAGUUCUGUAUCUGUAUUGCCAUGUAGGGGGAGGAGCCUUGAUGGGGAUCAGGAAGUUGGAUAGUUAUGGAGUUGAGGGAAAAUCGUCAGGAAGGGGAAGGAAGUAGGAGACAGGCCAGGACUGGCAAUCUGUAGGUUCUAGCAAAUGCCAGAGGGGCUGUUGUAAGAUGCCAUAGACCAGCGGUUCU